AAAGCCCACAAUGCAGUUUCGGGCCCAAAAGAGGCCACUUCGCCGCCAGCCAGCUAGCCAGCCCAAGUGUCCAAUGCACGAACUGAUAUAAGAAACCCUAGCGGAGCCACUAACACAGUCGCCUCCUUCCUGCGCCGCCGCCGCCGCCGCCGCCGCUACCACCGCCUCGCGGCCGCCUGCGGCUCCGCGUUUCCGCACGGAAGUUGGUGAAGGUUUCUUGAGGCUGAGAACAUGGUGCUGAAGACGGAACUUUGCCGCUUCAGCGGCCAGAAGAUUUAUCCUGGGAAAGGCAUUAGAUUUAUCCGUGCUGAUUCUCAGGUCUUCCUUUUUGCCAACUCGAAAUGCAAGCGCUACUUCCACAACCGCCUGAAGCCUGCAAAGCUUACCUGGACAGCAAUGUACAGGAAGCAGCACAAGAAGGAUAUCCAUGCUGAAGCGGUAAAGAAGAGGCGCCGCGCCACCAAGAAGCCAUACUCCAGGUCAAUUGUGGGUGCUUCCUUGGAAGUAAUCCAGAAGAAGAGAGCUGAGAAGCCAGAGGUCCGCGAUGCUGCUAGAGAAGCUGCUCUUCGUGAGAUCAAGGAGCGCAUCAAGAAGACCAAGGAUGAGAAGAAAGCGAAGAAGGCGGAGGUGAGCAAGUCCCAGAAGACGCAGACAAAGGGUGCGGUCCAGAAGGGUUCCAAGGGCCCCAAGUUGGGCGGCGGUGGUGGGAAGCGCUGAAAGAACUUAGUGUCGUUUCUCGACAUUGCAGUCGUUCCUUAGCCAAAGCCACUUUCGUAGAACCUGUGUUGAAUUUGCAAGACUUAUUCAAGCGUUGCUUGUGCGUGCUAAAUACCAUGGCAAGAGAACGGAUUUAUAUUUAUGCCUGAAAAAAAAUGACCGUUCAUAUUCUUAACUCAUCUUGGAUAAGGGCUUGUUUUGUUUC